AUGUCUCAUCCAUGUUGCGCCAAGGCUGGUUUGGUCAUUCUUCGACAUCAGCAUCUCAAUGAACAAUACUUCGGAGGCAACGAGGACCAGAUCAAGAGCAAGUCCAUCGCUUUCAACACCCUCCCACACGACACCCACGCGGGGCUGGUGGACUUCUGCCAGCCUGUGAAGGUGAUCAGCACGUCUUCCAAGGCGCAGAAGCUGGCCGACAAGGCGACUGACGAGAACGCCCAAAAGUGCAACGAAAAAGGCUUCACUUUCGACAAGAGGACCAUGUGGGCCAAGGACUCGAACAUCGGCGCCAGGACUCGUGAGCCGAACUGGACCGACGAGCAGAUUCAGACCAUCAACGCGAUGGCCAAGACCAAGCUGCCCCUGAAGGACGUGUCCGACACCAGACGCGUGGUUCCAGACCCCAACGGUACCUACGUGACGUACGACGAUAGGGGCGCUGCGCUGAUCAGGUCUCCAGCCUUCCUCAACAACAUCGACCCGGAGAAGUACUGCAUCGGGAUGGGGAGGGCCAAGGGUGACCUGAAAACGGGGAACAACAGGCUCUAUUCCGACGUUGUGAUGAGGUCAAGGGACGGGACCUGGAUCACCAACCAGUGGACGUGCAAGGGCAUCGUCAUCGAAGGCGUCCCGAGGAAGACCUUGGACAAACGGCCCCGGGUGAUGCACGUCUCGGCCGGGACGGGCAAGGAGAGGCGCAUCGGUCAUGAGUUCGUCCGCAUUGGCCUCCCCAGGAUGUACUUUGCUCCUGUGUUCGAGACGCUGAAGUCCGAGUACCCCAGUCUGUUGGACAGGGUCGUGAUCACCGUGGGGUACUACUGGCUGUACGCCUCCUGGGGCGUGACGGGGACUCCGGGCAAGUACAAGUACAUGGCGGCCCCUGGCAAGUUGGCCGAGACCCAGGAGCUAUCGAAGAUUCUCUGGAUGGCCAACGGCCAGAGCUGCCUCUGCCAGGCGACCAUCGCCAUCUCUACGGCGUUUCCUGGAAAGCUGUCAGGGAACAUGAUCGUCAGGGACGGAGACGGCUGCAGCCUGAGCAUCAAGCUUCACAACGCCUUACACCUCAAGAUGGUUGACUACAGGAGUCCUCCGCCCGUGGAAGAGGCCAGGACCGAGGCAAACAAGAGGAACAGCUCAAAGGUCAUGCCUACGUCCAGCAACAGGGAGACGGUCCCCAUGAAGGUGUGGUCCAAGGACUUCAUCGUCAAAGCCUGCACCUUGAGGUUGGGAUUCAACAAGUGUAUGGCUCACAUGGAGAUUGAGGAUGUCGAGAAGCACGAGCCACAGGUCAAGAAUCCCGGAAGACUCAUCACAGUGUACUACGGCAUUCAGCUCAGCAACGACGGGGAGGUUGAGCAGAUCGGCGCCCGUACCAACGAUGGCUACACGUUUAGCGGCAUAAUCAGGACCAGCGUCAGGACGAACAAGAGCCCCAUCCUCAGGAAGUUCAGGGCCGACGUCUGGAACUUUCUGGCCUCGGAUCCCAGGUCGGUGAUGCAGUCUUUCGUCGAUUGGAUGGAGACGCUCCUCAUCAACUCUGAGCAGGGAUCGCCCAGGAACCUCAAGAUCAUGCUCAUCGCGCACAACGGCGUGUUGUUCGACCACUUGCACUUGCUGAGGACCAUGCUUAAGCACGGCAUCGAGCCUCCGGACAUACUCCUGUCAGACUCCAUGGCCAUCUUGAAGAUCAUGAUAGGCAAGAACGAGACGACCGAGCUCGUAGACCUGGGGAACAAGUACGUCCCGUGGAUCGACCACACACCACACGAUGCAGAUAGCGAGGCCCAGGUGCUCAUGGCCGUGAUGAAGCAGGUUUUCAGGAACCCCUCGUCACUCUACAACAGGUUCUCGAUCCACUGCACGAAGUACAUGGCGCUGGUGGGACUGAUCAUGUACCAAAAGACGAUGAGCAUGGAUCAGAGGAUCAGGGAGGCGAUGGCGAGCUGA